AUGUCUUGGGACAGUUACGUCGAUACACUUAAGAAUCAGCACCAUAUUGCUCGCUCUGCAAUUGUCUCCAGAGCUGGCGACAGCGUUUGGGCAAGCUCUAGUGAUUUUAAGCUUUCUCCCACCGAAUUGUCCGAAAUUGCCCAGGCCUUUGACAACCCAACCAGAGUUCUCAGCUCGGGUGUUCAUGCCAAUGGCCAAAAGUUUUUCACAUUAAGUGCAGAUGACAGAGUCAUUCGUGCCCAGCGUAAUCAAGAUGGCAUUAUUGCUGUUCGAACUAAACAGGCUAUCAUUAUUUCUAACUACGAUGAGAAAGUUCUUGCUAAUUCUGCUUCAACAUCCACUGAGAAAUUAGCUGAUUAUUUGAUUAAAUCUGGUUAUUAA